UCCAGUUGUAAUCAGAACGCGCAGCCGGCGGUGCGGAGCGCGCUGUGCGAGCGCGCUGACGGCUGCGUGGGAUUGGGUGGAGUGGUGCGCUGUGGACGGAGUCACGGGAUUGGUAGAGUUCAGCGCCAAACUUGUUGGCUCGUCACUGAGCCGCUCCUCUCCAUCCUUUGUGCGCGAAGCUGUCCAGGACCGUCGGUGCUGAAACUGUCAGCCUCCGACACACAUUUUUAGGGUUUUAUCUUUCAAGCCCAGCAUCUGUUUUUUUCUCUACAAGACGCCUGGUUUAAGCCUCCUUUGCCUGAAUUCAUUCCAUCCGCCGCUCUCUCCAGGAGCGCAUCAGAAGCCUUCAACUUCAGCCGAUCCAAGCGGGGACUCUCCGGAUCUCAACCAUGGCUUUCAUGAUCAAACACGUGGUAGGGGGACAGCUGAAGAACCUGACAGGCGGACUGACGGAGGAGAAAACUGAAGGGGAGAAAUCAGAUGCUGCCGCGCAGGGGAUGACUCAAGAGGAAUUUGAGCAAUAUCAGCAACAGUUAGAGGAAGAAAAACAAGAACGAGAAGCUCAUUUUGCACAAAAGAAAGCUGAAAGAGCCACAGUUAGAACCCAUUUUCGAGAAAAGUACAAACUACCAAAGAAUGAAUUGGACGAGACCCAGAUCCAGCAGGCCGGAGACGACGUGAAUCUGCCCACGGAGCUGGCCAAGAUGAUCGCCGAGGACAACCAGGAGGAGACACACAAGCAGUCGGUGCUGGGCCAGCUGUCCAACAUCCAGAACGUGGACAUCGACCAGCUGAAGGACAAAGCCCAGGCCACACUGGAAGACCUCAAAAAGCAGACAGAAAACUGCAGCCUCAUGUGAUGCGGCCGGCUCGCCGCCUCAGGAGAACAGAGAUGUGCAGGCCUUCAUCAGAGGCAGAGCUGCUCUCGUUGCUUUAGCAGAAUGUCAGCUGGCAGGAACACAAAAUUUUACAAAUUUAAAUGAAUCUUUGGAAAUCUCUGACACAAUCGAAAUUCUAGAAAUGUCAUUUUCCACAUUUUGGGGUCAUUUCUGCCGUUUGAGCAACUCGUCCUCUGAGUGAAGUUCGUCUGGUGAGUCCAGUCCUUCGUUCCCUCUGUCGGCCAGACUCCUCCGCUCCCUGUACCUCAUGUGACCAGUAAUAACACAAGAUGAUCAAUGCGAUCUUGUGGCGAGAAAGUGUGCCGCUUUGCGUUGUCUUUUCUUUAACACACAGCAGCUGGUUUCACUGAUGAUCACAUGCACUUUCAAUAAGAGGAGGGGUCACUGAGACCAGCUGCUCUAGAAAACAUACAUCUAUCUAAGACGCUUGCGCAGGAUUUCGUGUUAUGUUAAAUUUGGGAAACUUAAUUUAUACAACAAAACAUUUGUUUUUGGUUUAAACCUCCCGUUCAAAAGCACACCUUUGCGCAAAGAGGCAAUUUAAGACAAAUUUACAACAAAAAGUCGUUAAAAGUAGCUCCCUUAUGCUGCUGUAGUCUUUUCUUAGACAUAUCAUAUUUAUUUGUUAACUUUUUCUGAACUUCAGUGUGCCUUGGAUGUCAAGGUUGUCUUAUUUUAGGCUAUAAAAAAACCUACAAAGCUUUCUCAAUUGUUAAAUUCUGCAGGAAAUUUCUUCUAAAAGCCACAGAAGAUGAUCUACUUUAUGAAAUGUUAGGGAAAUUAUAGGAAGUUCUUGAAAAGAGGCAGUCAUGUACUCCCAAAUUUAACGUAGCAUUCUCAUAAAUGACAUAGCGAGUAGAUCUGUGAAUAUGCUGCAUCCCAGAGAGAAAGAAACACUUUAGGGAAGUUGUGUGAUGCCAAAGCCUUUGCUGAGAACAAAACGUAGACUAAAACGGCGCUUAUAUUCCUCGUGUAACUGAGUAUAAACCCAACACAUAUUAAUGUUCUGUAGAUGUGAAGGUAUCUAACGUUCGCCCGUGCUGUCCACAGCAGGCUGUUCUUCAUCGUUCCCAUGAGCUCGCUGGGUCUUGUGGUGUCCUCACCUUCACCUCUUCCAUCCCCUGUCCCAUCUGCCCCGGCGUCUCAGUGGUGCUGUUUGUGCUGGUGGGUUUUUGUGUCGUUUAGCUGGUGUGAUACGUCAAGUGGUGUCUGUGUAGAAAUCAAGUAUAACACAAAAAGUUGUCCUGCAGCCGGAGCUCGCAGUUGCUUACAGCGGUGUUACAUAUCCUCUCUGACCACAAGGGAAGGAACUCGAGGGGAUUUUGCUUCAGCUAGUUUCUAUCAUUAUAUGUGUUGUUGUAUUUAUUUUUGUUGUGGUCAGAAUUUUGGUUAGUUUCUCUUUAAAGACCCACUCCAAUUAUAUAUUUUUUCUAUUGUAAAAUCUUUCCUAGUGGUCUUCAAAUUAUGAUUAUGACGUUUUUAGCCCAAAUCAAAACCCGGGGCCCUUUUUAAAGACCUAUUUCCUAUUUAAGACCUGAGCAAUAUCAGAGCUAUCCUAUUAGAACUCAGACGGGGAAAUAAAUAUGUGAAUGGAUCUAUUUGUCUGCAAGUAAAUGCAUCAGAAUAAAGCAGAAAUGGGAGAUUUUGUGGAAGUUGGUGCGUCACAACUGAGAGAUUCUUCAAUCGCCAAGUUUUUAUCUGCUUCCAAUAAUUUAUGAUAAGAAUAAAGAAAUACUAAGAGACUAAGUUUUAAUCUGAAACUCGUAUAUAUAUGCCAUCCAUCAUGAUUAAAUGCCACAAGAAUUAAGUUAAAAAGAGUAAAAAAAAUACUAAAAAACACAAUUUUCCUUGGAGUGGGUCUUUAAGUUCUUCAACUUUUAACUUUGGAAAUUAAGUCAAUUUUUUCGCUUUGUGUGCCACACUGCUGCUCCACAAAAACUGAGGCAACACAUUUUCCAAUGCAGUUAUUAUUCUGAAGAAAUAGAUCACCACUAUCAGGAUGAGCUGCAAAAGCCCUUUCAUAUUAAAGCCACGACAGCUUAUGUCAUUCACGAUCAUGAGGUGAUACUCACAGGUGGAAAACAAGCCAUAAACUAAAACUUUAUUGCUUUGUGAGAAAGUGUGACUUGAAAUACUAAUAAAUAGGAAUAAUAAUCAAGUGUAACCUUUGUGCUGUUUUCCUGAGGAACAGACUCCUGAGGAAAUGGCUGCUCUAACAUGCAGUUUCCUGUGAUUUUUUUCUUCUCUGUCAUUCUGUCAGAGCAUUACAGUGCGUUUCAACUGCAAUAAACUGAUUUUUAUGAAAA